AUGGGCAGGCAGGCUCUUAAAACGAGCAGAGAGUGGCAACAACAGCACAGCGACGAGCACGGAGAAGCACGGACUAGCACGGAGAAACACGGAGACGCAUGGAGACAAGAACAAGCCACGAAGGAGGACCACGAGCGGGACACAUCAAGUACCAAGGAGGCAAACCGUGAAGCAAUCUACAUGCAGCGGCGGGGCUCAUACCCCGCCUGCGCAAGGUCUACGGCCCGGGGUCAACAGCGGCAGCUGGAGACUGCAAUCCGUGGUGAAGAGCGAGGACGCAGAGGCACUGGGCGUACCGUGAAGCGACCUACACACAGCGGAGGGGCUCAUACCCCGCCUGCGCUGUAA